AGGCAUGCUGAUGUUGUUUUUAAAAAGACAAACAAAUGUGGCUCUGCCCGGAUGUGUGUAAUGAAUGAGGUCAUGCAGAAGGAGGAAACAGAUCUCGACGGCUAAGAUGGCGGAGGAGCAGCAGGAAUCAUCACAGGGAGAGAUGGAGGGAGGGAACUGCCUCGCAUAUGACGAGGCCAUAAUUGCUCAACAGGACAGAAUUCAGCAAGAGAUAGCCAACAGUAACCCCUUAGUGUCGGACAGACAGGAGCUGUCGGUGCUGCAGAGGGAGUACGCUGAUGAUGACACGGUUUAUCAGCUCAAGAUCAAGGACCUACACAAAAAAUACUCGUACAUUCGUAAGACACGGCCAGAUGGGAAUUGUUUCUACAGAGCUUUCGGCUUCGCACAUCUCGAGUCCCUGCUAGAUGACAGCAAAGAACUUCAGAAGUUCAAAGCAGUUGCAUCUAAAAGUAAACUGGAUCUGGUUAACGAGGGCUUCACUGAGUUUACCAUUGAAGACUUUCACAAUACUUUCAUGGACCUGAUUGAACUGUGUGAGAAACAGCCGAGCCUGCAGGAGCUGCUGAGCUCCUUCAACGACCAGAACGUGUCGGACUACGUGGUCGUGUACCUGCGGCUGCUCACCUCAGGCUACCUGCAGCGAGAGCACGGCUUCUUUCAGCACUUCAUAGAGGGAGGACGCUCUGUCAAGGAGUUCUGUCAGCAGGAGGUAGAGCCAAUGUCUAAAGAAAGUGACCACAUUCACAUCAUCGCCUUAGCCCAGGCCCUGAACGUAUCCAUCCUGGUGGAGUACAUGGAUAGAGGAGAGGGAGGAACAGUCAAUCACCACGUCUUCCCUGAAGGCGGCGACCCACGCAUCUUCCUCCUGUAUAGACCUGGCCAUUACGACAUCUUGUACAAAUAACACUGCUGGCCACAGCCCACCUCAGAUUAAAAAAAAAACAACAAACUUCAGCAGCCACGUUGAUGAAGCAUACAUUUGUGUAUUAGAUUACACUCAUGUAUUUGAAAAAAUAAAAGAGAAAAUCACAUUACAUGCCUCCCUUACCCCUCUCGCCCAAACUUUUACCCUCAGUCAUCUCAAAAUGGUUAAUUAAAAAAAAUCUUUGGAAAAAUAUAAGUGACUCCAGGCAUUUAGAGUUGUACAGGUUUUUUUUGUGGUUGUAAAUGUUAUCUACUUGCUUUAUGUUGGAUUCUUUUCCUUUGUUACACUGCGUUUCAUUGAGUUUUAUUAAAGGGAUUUACAUCUUA